AUGCACAUCUUACGUUCAAGCAACGUUAUACACCACCUGUGCUCGCAGUGCCCGAUAUUGCGUCGCUGUGCUGCAGAACAGUUGUUAGGAUUUGUAGCUGCUCACUCGGAAAAUAGCGACGAAAGAAGCGCGCAUUUCGAGGAGAUUUCAGAGUUGCUCGUGGAAACGAAGUGGAAUGUGGCGAGAAAUAAAGAGUACUUUGCAACAGUCAGUCACAGGAUUGGCGAACUGUUGGGCGCCUGUUAUGGAGUCACAAUACCGCCUGAGUAA